UGUUUGGGAGCAGACGGAGGAGCUCACUCUGCAGACCGAGCCACGGAGAGGAGGAGGUGUGCUUUAGGAAGCGCAGCAGCACAUGCAGUCUAUGGGAACUAACCCUCUGAGCGAUGGAAAUAAUGACCGCUGGCAUGCGUCAGGUGAGUGCAGACAGGCUCCUGAAGGACAUGAGCGCUGUGUCGGCAGUGAUGGGGCCCCGGGGCCGCUGCAGGGGACAUGGGCACAUGCCACGCCACUGAAAGCCUCCAGGGUUCGGUCUUCACGGCAGCGCGCAGCAGAACAUCGGCUUGCAGGCUCUCGGCCGGCGCUCCAGGUCGCUGUGUCUGAUGAAGAUGUCUGAUUCUGUCGGAGAGGACGAACGCCAGCUCAACACGCCACAGAGCCGCAUGCACGAGGAGAACUGCAGCGACGACACGACUGAGACGCAGCGGCAAACACUCGGACCGGGCGAUGAAAGACCCAAGUCGAACGCAAAGGUAAAGUUAGUUCGGAGCCUGGCCGUUUGUGAAGAUCCCGGUCCUUCCACGAUUACCACACAGCUGCCUCAAGAUCAGCAGGAUGGAGAUCAUAUUAAACUCUCGCAGACGUUUGAUAAAGAAGAAUGGCCUCUUACUGCAGACGCGGAUGAAGCAGACAGAAGUGCGGAGAAAGUGCCACGCAAGAUGCUGUCCAGAGAUUCCAGUCAGGAAUACACGGACUCGACUGGCAUCGACCUGCACAGGUUCCUGGUGAACACGCUGAAGAACAUCCCCAGGGACCGAAUGAUGCUGCUGAAGCUGGAGCAGGACAUCCUCGACUUCAUCAGUAAUAACGAGAGUCAGAGGGGGAAGUUUCCGCCCAUGACCUCCUAUCACCGAAUGCUCCUGCACAGAGUCGCCGCUUACUUCGGCUUAGACCACAACGUCGACCAGACCGGCAAAUGUGUCAUCAUCAACAAAACCAGCAAUACACGAAUACCAGAUCAGAAGUUUUCCGAACACAUCAAAGACGACAAGACGGAUGAUUUCCAGAAGCGCUGCAUCUUAAAAAGGGACAACUCCAGCGUAGACAAAGACGACAGCGUGACACGCAUGAAACUAAAGGAGGACAGGAGGAGCAAGUCCAUCGAGGAGCGAGAGGAGGAAUAUCAGAGAGCAAGAGAGAGGAUCUUCACUGAUGGUUUAGACACCUUCACGCUGGAUAAAAGGAUUCAGGAGGAUGAUGUGUGUAACAACAUCCAGCAGAGGCGGCAGAUCUUCAGGCUGAAGGACAGUCAGUCGGGGAACAGCCGCCAAAGCAGCUCUGAGAACGAGGCCAUGUAUUCAGAGCCGCGGCCGUGGAGCAGCACCGAUUCGGACAGCUCCAACCUCAACCUGAAGCCCGCCAUGACCAAAGCCAGCAGCUUCAGCGGCAUCCCGGUCCUGAUCCGCGGAGACAGCUCCAGCAGCAGCAAGAGCACGGGGCGGCUCUCAAACACAGGUUCUGACUCUUGUAGUAGCGUAGCUUCGUCCACGGGUUCGCUCUCUCGAUCCCAGCCUCCUCCAGCUGCCACGCAGCCCACGCCUUUCCCUGCUGUCAGCUACGAGCCGCUGGCGUCCACGGCUAGCGCUAGCUACUAUCUGCUUCCGCUGGACGCCGCAGGGAAACCGGCUGGAAGUGUCCUGGUCAACCCGCACACAGGUCAGCCGUUUCUGAACCCCGACGGCAGCGCUGUCGUCUACAGUCCCAGCGUGACCUCACAGGCCUCCAGGUGUCAAUCAUCUGUAGCUCCGCCUCCAGCCGCUCAGCCCACCAAUCGUGUCACGGCACAGUCUCUCUGGUCUGUCCAGCACCCAGCGAUCUUCACAGCGUCUCCUAACCAGCCCUUCACUGUGCAGGAGAAUCUGAGCGCUCAGUUCGGUCACAUGAUGCUGGUCCAGCAGGCCUCGGGUGACGUUUACCCGCUCCAGAGCCCUGCGCCUCCACCGCAUCAGAGCGGGUACGUGAUGCCCUCGACGGGACCGACGUUUCCCACAGCCUCCGUCAGCCAGCAACAGAUGCCGGCGUGUUACUGUUCGCCCAGCCAGUUCCCGGUGUCUGGACAGCUGUAUCAGCCCAUGGGUUCAGUACCAUACAGCGCUCAGAGUCAGAUUCCUCCCGCACCGGCGCAGCAGCCAGGUUACCAAACUGUGAUGCCAAAUCAGCAGCAGAACUACCAGAACAUGAUUAGAUGCACGCCGCCGCAGAAUCAGAUGCAAGGCAUGAUGGUCCAGUAUCCGUCAGAGCCAUCUUAUCAGGUGUCCGUGCCGCAGCAGACGUAUCAGCAGCCCGUGUACUACAGCAUCUUCCCUCCCCACCAGCAGAGCGCCGGCAGCUCCUCCGUGGGGUUCCUGCCUCCUCCACGAGCGGAGCAGAUGCCGCUCCACUGCACCACGGCACCCUGCGGCUCGCAACAGAUUCCCACCCAGCAGUGCUCAGGAGCUCCGCCCCCAGCAGCAGGUGGAAUGGUGAUGAUGCACCUGACGUUACCUGUGUCCCAGCAGCCUCAGUCUCAUUCACCGCCGCAGUGGAAACACAACAAAUACUACAGCUCCGAUCACACACACUCACAGAAGCCCAGCGACGUCUGCGGUCUGGAACCGUCACGAAGCAGUCCUCAGCUGGGAAGCUCGUCAUCAACACACCUCACUAACGUAAAGAGCAUCCGUCCGAGCCUCAACACUGUUCCCAUCAUGCCUCACUUCUCCAGAUCCAUGGUUUCAGGACAGGGUGACAUGCGCUUCCAGUAUAGCCCUCAGAUCCGCCCACCGUUACUUCAAGCCCCGCCCACGCUGUCCAGUCAGACUCCGGCGGGGAUCCGGACGCUGCCGAGGAAAGCGCUGUCUACAGAUCUCAGUGUAGGUGACGCAGGUAACCCUAACUCUGUUCCUCCAGACCCUGCAGAGCUUCGCUCGUCACGCUCCUCAGGAUCUGCUGAACUCGUGAAGCUUGGAGCCAAACUCUGCAGGAAAGUGGACCAGAGUUGCCCAGUGCUGCUGUAGAAACACACACCUGAUGAUGAUGAUCCUGCCUCUUCCUCCUCCUCAGGGUUCAGCUUGGGAACUAGGAUGACGAGCCGUGGGC